GGGUUUGUUAACUGCUGAGCCACAAAGGGAACUCCCUGAUUUCAUGUUAUUUAAUGGGAAACAUCUUAAUGAUGUUUUUUAAACUGAGUUAACCCAUUAGUGUUUGCUGUGAUCAGCAUAGUUUAAAAUGAAAAAGAAUAGAAAAUACAAAAAUGCAUUGUACCUAGUUAAGGGCAGGUAUUAUUUUGUGAAACUUUUGUUUCAGUUAUGAGUAUGUACUAUAAAAUAUAUUUCUUAUUGUGGGAUGUGAUCAGAAAAAAAAAAUUUAUAGUGGAAAGUCUGAGUUUUGGAAUUAGCCAGAACUUGGUUUGAAUCUGGGCUCUGGGUGACUUCUGCCAGUUAUGUAACUUCUCUUAUGGCUCAAUCCCCUCAUCAAAAAAGGAUAAUAAUGAUAUCUACUUCUGUUUUGUGUUGUGAAAAGAUUAGUAAUUACUUAAGUAAAAUGCAUCAAAUACAGCCAAUGAUUAACAAAUACAUAAUCACUUCCAAAUCUUCUCCCAAGUAAUGCUCUCUGUGUACAAAUGCUUCACUCACUAGAAGGAAGACAGGAUGUGUUAUUGAUGACUAGCUCUGUUAUGCCACAGUCUGUUUCAAAAACACAUUUCUCAGUCUGUUUCUCCAAUUUGGCUUAGGUAGGAAUCUUGAAAACAGUUCUUUUUCCUUCCUUAUUCUCAGACUAUACUUUUCUACACUAUGGAUUUUCGGCAUUUUAUUAUAUGUCUGUCACAUACCUUCUAAUUAUUUCAUAGUUCAGCUAGUUUUACAAACUUUUAAAUCUCUUCUGGUGCUUAAAAGAGUGCUGGAUGAAAAUUUAUUGUUUUUAAACACCCAUAACACACCUUUUGCAAAGUAUCUCUUAUACAAGGGGAAGCAGAUGUGAUCCUGAUUCCACCAGUAUUUCUCACUCAAUCUACUCCAUGCUAAACAGGUCAGUUAGGCACUGUCAUGUCUCUGGGUAGUACAAGUGGAAGGUGUGAACAGAGAAAGCACUUUAUCUGAGGACAGUCGAAAAUUAGAUCCUAUUUUCCCCUCCCCACUCCUAUUCCCAUCGGGGAGGAGGCAUUUAUAAGCCCCGAGGACCAGGGCCUAGAAACCUGGUGGCGUCCUGAGCUCCAGAGGCUUGCCAGCACGCACGAUCUCCCGCACUGAGAGCCCUUCUUCCCAGAUGAAUUCUCAUAGUAUCACAGACGCGCGCAGUGUCGAUCGAUACUGGAUGGCAGACGUGCUCCCGCCGUCAAGUGUAGGCACAGGGCGGUGGAUUUAGCAGCCCUGCAGCUCAGUCGCAGCUUCUCAUCAUCAGUUCGAUAGGAGAAGAGGAUGUUAACCCGUUCCCUGGCUGACACUCAACCGGUGACCGUAGCCCAUGGCCCCUUCCUUACAGCUUUGCUCCUGCAGGGAGGGGGCUUUUCCAUCAGACUCUCAAGCAUGGGGGCAGCAGGGUCCAGUCCACAAGGAGGGCACGGUGAGGUGGCCUUUCCUCCAGAGCCCCCAGACGGCCCCUGGAGGCCACUGACGCGGGGAGUGCUGAGCUUCCUUACACUCCGGACCUCACCUUCUCGCGUCUUCGCAUAGUGGGUGGCUGUGGGAGGCGGCCUUAGCGGCUGGGACCAGGCCGGGUAGCAGCCAGUGCAGCCGCCCGCCUGGUGGACCUCCUUGAACCCAGCCCCGUGAAAGCCCCGCCCCUGCACCCGCUCCCACUCCUGAUUGGCUGGUCCACCCAAAGGCGACCCGCGGUCCCUGGGCCGGUGUCUCAGCUAUAAAGGUGGCGGACGCAUGACGCUCGCAGCGAAGCUCAGGUAGCUGUGGUGUCGCUGGCUCUCAGCCCCUGUGGCACCCGGGUUUCUCCUGCCCCCAAGCGCUCCGACUCCACCAUGCCUAGGGGCUUCCUGGUAAAACGAACUAAACGGACAGGCUGCUCGUACCGAGUACGCCUAGCCGAGAGGGUCUUCCUGCUGGGGCCUCAGGGGGUGCAGCCCUUUCCCGAGGAGGCUUCCAGUGCUCCCCAGCCCAAUGUAGAGCGGGCGGCACCCCUGACCCCAGAUGAGGAGGCGGCCGGCGAACUGUUGGGGUCAUCCUGUCCGGCGGCCCGGGUGAGCCCAGGGGUAGGCGGGCGGGAAGGCGCGGAGUGGAGGGCCGAUGGCAGGGACGGUCUCGGGCCCAGCCCCAGCCCCACGAAGCCGGCGGGUGCGGAACUGCGCCGGGCGUUCCUGGAGCGCUGCCUCAGCUCUCCAGUUUCCGCUGAGUCCUUUCCCGGGGGCGCCGCCGCCGUGGCCACCUUUUGCUCGGUGGCGCCAGCAGCUGCACCGACCUCGGGGGAACAGUUCAUGCUGCCGCACCGGGCACCGUUCCCAGAGCCCGCGCUCCAUCCAGACCCCGCGCCCCUCUCCGCCACGCUGCACAGCCUGAAGCGGACUGCCGGCGGUGAGCGCCGUGCUAAGGCACCUCCGGGCUGCGCAUCUGGGCCCGCGGCAGCUGGAGUCAAGAAGCCAAAGGCCAUGAGGAAGUUGAGCUUCGCCGAUGAAGUCACCACAUCCCCGGUCCUGGGCCUGAAGAUCAAGGAGGAGGAGCCGGGAGCACCGUCCCGGGGCCUGGGGGGCAGCCGCACGCCGCUGGGGGAGUUCAUCUGCCAGCUGUGCAAGGAGCAGUACGCAGACCCCUUCGCACUGGCUCAGCAUCGCUGCUCCCGCAUUGUGCGCGUCGAGUACCGCUGCCCCGAGUGCGACAAGGUCUUCAGCUGCCCUGCGAACCUCGCCUCUCAUCGCCGCUGGCACAAGCCACGUCCUGUAGCGGCAAAUGCUGCCGCAGUCUCCUCAGCCGACGGGAGGCUGCCUCCUUCGUCGUCCUCUUCCUCCUCAGAUUCCGGGGCGAUUGCAUCUUUCUUGACGGAGGGGAAAGAGAGCAGUCGGGCAGAGCGAACUGCGGAUCAGCACCUGCAGGCCGGGGACAGCUCCGGGGCUGAGAAGCACCAGGACAGCGCCCCACAUCAAGGCCUCCAGGUGUUGUCCCACCCCGAACCUCCUCUGCCUCAGGUCCCUUAUACGGAAGGGGUGCUCGGGCGCCGGGUGCCUGGGUCGGGCAGUUCCAGUGGUGUCAGUGGUAUUGGGGGACCCGAGAUCUUCGUGUGCCCAUAUUGCCACAAAAAGUUCCGUCGCCAAGCCUAUCUGCGCAAGCACCUGGGCACUCACGAGGCGAGCUCAGCCCGCGCGCUCGCCCCUGGCUUUGGCUCUGAACGUGGCGCCCCACUCGCCUUUGCCUGUCCGCUGUGCGGAGCACACUUCCCAUCGGCAGACAUCAGGGACAAGCACCGGCUGUGGCAUGCGGUCCGGGAGGAACUGCUUCUGCCCGCCUUGGCCGGGGUGCCCCCUGAAGCACCUAGCCCAGACGGGGCACCCGACGGGAGUGCUCAGCAAAUUUUCUCGUGCAAGCACUGCCCGUCCACUUUUUUUAGCUCCCCGGGGCUGACCCGGCAUAUCAAUAAGUGCCAUCCCUCAGAAAGUCGGCAGGUACUGCUGCUGCAGAUGCCACUGCGUUCGGGCUGUUAAGGGCCGAGAGACGAGGAAGAUUGUGAGGCUGGCCUUUGAGGAAACAGAUCAAGGGAAAUUCUGUGGGGCUUUCUUCAACUUGCAAGUUUACUCUUUCCUUUAUUUUCUCUCCUAAAACUCCCAGUAGUCAGUGUUCCGCCAGAGGAGCGGACAGCGAAACAAAAUCCCUCUCUAGAGCAGGUAUGUAUAUGGUACAAAUGUUCUCCGUCAAGAACUUUUAAAUCCUUCUCACUUUCCCCAAGAGAAUAGGAUUCACCCCCACCCCCACCAAACUCUGGAGACCUUAACAAAUCCUAUAUGCCUUGUAAUUCCUAUGGAAAGUCGCAGAAUGCGUGCAUGUCUCGGUGUCUACAAAGGAUUCUAGCUACCAAAAGUGGUAGUAGUCCCCUUUUCUUCCCCCUCCUUUGCCAUCGCAGGCGCCUAUGUAGCUUCUGUCUCAGUAGGGUCAGAUAUCUUGCACUGUAUAUUCUGUGAAUUAAAAGUUAUGUGGUUGGUGCCAAACUUACAUCAGGAGGGUGGGAAAUGCAAGACCUGUGUGUGGGCAGGAAAUGUAAGAUGUUUGCGCUUUGGGGUGAAGUGGGGAUCUCCCUGUAAACUCUCCUUUUCCCAAUUAUUAGUCCACUCUUAGUAUUUGAAAGUGGGAAAUAGUACCUCUUUACUGGAAAAGAGCUGAGACACCUUCCAAAUUCUCACCUUUAGCUACUUUGUGUGCAGUAUUCAGGAAGAGAUACUUUAAACCUUUAAUAACUUUUCUGGAAAUAUAGCACUCAUUUCCUGAAGUUUGCCUGUUUUAGUAGGGUUUCAUCCAAAUUGUGUAUCUCAUAAUGUGUAUUAUAUAUGACACUAUGUUCACCUCAAGGAAGAUGUUAAUACUUUAAUCCACUAUGGAAAUGAAUGAUAAUUCAUUCAAUAGUCAGAAUUUUCUUUUUGGCAGCAACUUAGUUUUGAGUUUCUUUCUGUAAACCAUAUUCAGUGUACAUUCCGUACCUGUGCCCCAGUAGCCAGAGUCUGGGCACUGACUGACUGAGUAUUGCUUGACAGAUAGCCCGUAUUUGUAUGAUGCUUACCACCAAAUAAAUGUACAUAGCUGGUGCUUUGUUGUGUUCUGUGUUUGUCUUAAAAAUCUCAUUGAACACAGAGUAUUUCUAAAAGCUACAUUUCUUAUCUCCCUAUAGCCAGUAUCCUACUUUAUCUUAGUGACCCAUUUAGAAAGAAUAUAGAUAGGAGAAAUUAUAUUUUGUGAGUGUAAUGGUACAGAAAUAAAAUGGGAAAAUUUCCUUUGGAGUAUGGCUGCACAGUCUAAGCUCUGAAAGGCAAAGAAUAUGUACUAUUCUUUAAAUAUUAAAGAUGGUUUACUAUCCAAAAAUACCAACAGAAAAUAAUUUUAAAUAUUUUCUUCUUUUAUGAAGUGUUAUCUGAAGAUGAACAAAAUGUUAACUAUGCUAACUUCAUUAUUUUAAGCUGGUACUUUCACUCCAUUUUGUUACACAUUAUCAAUCCAAUAGCUGUUCAUUUUUUAAAAAUGAAGGCACUAUUGAAAAUGUGUAAGUAGUUACUUUAUCUUUUUUAAAAAUUACCUUCUUUUUGUAAUUCUUCACCUUGGUUGUGGGAAACUGUCCAUAUUGUUUACUCUUGUUCCUGGGGACUCUAUACAUGUUUAUCCUCUAUAUAAGCUUUUAUGGGAAAUUCUAGUUUAUUUUCUUUAGUUUCAUAUGCAUUUUUUAUUUAUAAGAAAACCCCAAAUUUAAAGAGCACAGGAACUCUGAAAGCUUGUUUUAGAAACUGUCUGUAAAAAGUUUUGCUCUUUAGUGUCUAUUACAAAAAAAAAGUAAAAUUUAAGAAAUCAAAGAAGCAUGAGGGUGAGAUAAAUUGAUGUUUUUAACCAAGUGCACUGGGUGGGGGGUAGUUUCUGGCUAGCUCGUAUGAACGUGUAAAAUGUGUUUUUAAUGACUGUGGAAGACCUCUGAGAAAUAAAUUGGGGUGUAGCUUAAGAAGGUAAUUAAAAUUCACUUUUCACGAUUAGCUAGGUUUAUGUUUUAUAUCUCUCCAUCAAUCACGAAGCCUUGUUUAUUAAGUCUGAAAAUAUAUAAAAGACAAAAGAAAUACAAGGACAAAUCAAUACUCAUGGACAGGAAAUGAGAAGAAUAUUUUUAUUGUAUUAUUAAAUACCAUCUUUUUUUCCACUGUUACAAAUUUGUAGAUACUACAUGAAUGAUGAUACAUAAUUUAUAUUUUAUAGUUUGCAGUAUGAUGUAUUUACACAUGCAGUUAGUAUCAAUGUCAUGCUACAUUUCCUUAGGAGAUGCCUGUUCAAAACAAAAUGUGAGCAGCUUAUCUACUGUAGGAAAAUACUUCUGGUGGGUGGAAUGUAUACCAACCUGUGACUGCAAAUUCAGUAUUAACAACAUCAGAUUAAUUUAGACUCCUGGGUUAUGUUCUUUUUUUUUUUUUUUAAAGUACUA